UUUCCUGAAAAAUAUAUAUUGUUAUUUUAUCCGCAGACUACCGCAUGAUAAACAUCAUCCAAAAGGACUACAAAUGUUUGAUUGGAGAUAAUGAAUAUUUUCGCGAGCCAAUUGACUGAACUUUGUUUUGUUUACUUCAUCGGAAUGUGCCUUUUCUCUGUAUCUGCCUAUAUGAAUGGCACUUGUAGUUCGAAGGUGAUUGGUAGAAAGGAGACAGCCUGUUUUGCUCAGUACAAUCUCACAGAUGCAUUUGUAGACGGGCUGCCACAACCUGCAGCACUCACUUAUUUUACACAUAAUAUGGUUAACCUAUGCGGGAAUCUCAUCAACAUAACAUCAUGUUUAGAAGAAGCCAUGUCCCCCUGUAAAAAUCCAUACUUCGACUUUGGUUCCUACAGAAACACAUUACAGAAAAUCUGUCUGAACAGAAAGUUAUUUUCAGAGGCGGAGAUAUACUGCGAAAUGACAGAUACCUUAACUACAUGUGUAAGUCAGUAUCAUAAAGAGGUUCAGGAGCUAAAAUACCACAUAUAUCUGGACCAGUCUGAAAUUCCACUUGGUGAUUUUUGCACUGUUCUUCGAAACACAGGGAACUGUAUCCAUAUCAACGAAACCAGAGACUGUAUACGUGUAAGGAGCGAGUUUCUGACGUCAUUAUACAGAGGAAGAUUCAUGCCGUCCGUGUGUUCCAACAAGCCCGAUGACGCUAUGAAUGGAAGUGGAAGAAUUCAUCUUUUAGCUUUAUGCUAUAUAUUUCUUUUGUAUUUUUCGACAUAAGCCGUUUUGAUUUGAAGUUUGAUUUAAACUGAGGCAAUAAAAGAAAAAGGAUUAGGCAACGUUUUUAAUCUGUAGCCUGCUAAAUUUCUAACAUGGACUGGUCCAUCAUUCAAUAUAGGCAGUACCAUUUAUUAUUUGAAGAGAUGUUCACUGCAAAUUUACUGACUGAAUAGCGAACAGUACAGACCAUGAUCAGCCUGCACGCACGUGCAGGCUGAUUUUGAUCUGCACAGGUCGAAAAGGCAGAAUCACUUGCAGCCAGCAGGUUUAAAGUUAAAACUUGUUUUCUCAAAGAAAAAUUGUACCACUUUCCAACGAACUUCUGGGCAUAUGUAUAUAUAAUUUUCAUGUCGAUAUAUUGUCUGUGUGUUCAAGUUCCACAUCCCUUUAAAAGUCUUUAAGUGUAAAAUUUUACUGUAAAUAUAUUUCUGCUUGCUAUGUUUCUUAUAUUAUACAUACAGGUUUUGAUACCUCUCAUAUCACACCAGUUCUGGAAGCGGACUGUACUCAUAAAAAUCUCUUUAUACAUUCUUUAUAUUUGUAUAAUAAUGCUUA